CGUGUAAUUGUCAACAAGCAGGAGGAUUUUGCUGCGCGCAGAAUAGCAGUUUCAUUGGGCAGGGAGGCUGAAUGGAGGGGGGAAACUGCGGGGACGCUUGAGCGCCAGUAGAGUGCACUCCGUUCCUCGCGCAUUGGGUCAUUCCUAAAGGCAGCGGACUUUCUUCAGCACCUCGGGAACACUGUAGCUACAUGAUCGGUUUCAAGGACACCAUAAAAUCGUUCAUGCAGCUCUGGUUGUAACGUUUCAGCGACCUCGGGGGCUCACUUUCGCCUUCGCCUCUUCGUUAAAUAUCUGAAUGCUGUGGUCUACUCUCUGAGCGUACGUUUGGAUUUGAAGUGAACCGACGCUGCGUGAGAAAUAUAUCUAAACAUGGAAUUAUGGAUAAAGUUAAUGUUGUUGGGCAGUUGCUGUAUCGGUGCAAGUGCAGAGUUUGACGGCAGGUGGCCCAGGCAGAUGGCCUCCUCCAAUGGGCUUUGCCGCUACGGCGCAAGGAUCGACUGCUGCUGGGGAUGGACCCGGCGCUCCUGGGGCCACUGCCAGCCUCCCUUCGUCUUAACGCACAGGGUAGUCGGGAUAAGGUGCCGGCCCCAAGCUGUCUGUCAGCACGGCUGUAAACACGGGGAAUGCGUUGGGCCGAACAAGUGCAAGUGCUUCCCUGGGUACACCGGAAAGACCUGUAAUCAAGACGAGGAGUAUUUAACCCCCCCAAUAUGGGACAGUCAUCCUCCUAUCUUUCUCCCCACGGACCUCCAGCCAGCAGGUGGCGCUCCAGAGGAUCUCAACGAGUGCGGACUGAAGCCACGGCCAUGCAAACACAGGUGCAUGAACACCUACGGGAGCUACAAGUGCUACUGCCUCAACGGCUACAUGCUGAUGCCUGACGGUACAUGCGGAAACGCCCGCACCUGCGCCAUGGCCAACUGCCAGUACGGCUGUGAGGUGAUGAAGGGAGAGGUGCGGUGCCAGUGCCCGUCGCCUGGGUUACAGCUGGCCCCCGACGGCCGCACCUGCGUGGAUGUGGACGAGUGUGCGACAGGUCGAGCCAUGUGCCCCAGGUUCCGAAAGUGCAUCAACACCUUCGGAAGCUACAUAUGCAAGUGUCACGAGGGAUUCGAGCUCCAGUACAUUAACGGGAAAUACCAGUGCACAGAUGUGAACGAGUGCACUUCAGCACAGCACCAGUGUGGCAGCUUCUCCGUCUGCUACAACACACCAGGCUCCUACAAGUGCAAGUGCAAGGAUGGCUUCCGUGGGAUGGGCUACGACUGCAAGCCCAUCCCCAAAGUGAUUAUUGAGCCUCCGAGACCAGGAAAGGAAACACCAGAUACAACCAAAGGGAACAAGAUCCCAGACUCCGACCACAAGAGGACCACGACCGUCCGCCCUGUCACACCCAAGAGAAUCCCUCCCACCACCACCACCCGUGCCCCGGCACCACCUCGCAGAGUCACCCCAGCCCCCACCCGGAAACCGGCCAUCCCCACCCGAAAACCAGCUGUCCCAACCCGAAAGCCAGUUGUCCCCAUCCGAAAGCCAAUUGUCCCGACCCGAAAGCCAGUUGUCCCCACCCGAAAACCAGCGGUCCCUACGCGCAGGCCGAUAAUCCCCAUCCGCCGCCCGGUCAUCCCUACCCGACCCCCUCCCACACGGAGGGCCCCGACCCAAGCACCGACCGUCCCCGACAACAGUAUCCAGAAAGAAGUCAACCAGAAGCAGAGGGGCGAUGUUCACAUUCCUCGCAAUCAUGGACAGAACAAUGUGUUUGGGGUGGAUGUUGACAUCGAACUAGGAAAUACCGCAGAUGAUGCAAAGGAUGACUCAGGAGCUGGGUUUCUUAGCUGCACCUUUGAUAAUGGCCUCUGCGGUUGGAUCAGAGACAGAGAGGGAGAUUUGCAUUGGGAAACCACAGCAGAUCCAUCAGGUGGAAGGUACCUGACAAUCCCAGAGGUUGGGAAUAAGAGGAGCGGUCGGGGGGCACGGUUGGUCCUCCCGCUGACUGAGCCCUGGAACUCAGGCAACCUGUGCCUGUCCUUCCGCCACAAGCUGGCGGGCCACCACGUGGGUGUGCUGCAGGUGUUCGUGAAGAAGGGCCGGCAGUACAGCCCGGCGGUGUGGGGCCGGACCGGGGGCCACGGUUGGAGACACACCCAGAUCACGCUGUGGGGGACGGGCUUGGAGAGUGUGAUCCUGAAGGGGGAGCGCGGGAGGGGCAGGAGUGGAGAGAUGGCAGUGGACGACAUCAGCCUGAGCAAGGGCGCAUGCACCGAGGAGCACAACCUGAGGAGACUUUAACACGGGCGGCGAGACGCGCAGGGACACAGACCAACCCCCACCGAGAGGCGAGCUCUGCUCCGCCCACACGACCCGACUGGGGGGCCGUUCUGAAGAGGGGUGCCCUUUUCAGUAAAAAAAAAAACAAAAACAAACUUUGAACAGGAGAAAGGACUUCCUGAUUGGUUCCUUAGUUUCUUCUCCCUGGUUCUUUGCAUACUGUAUUUAAUCUGCGCAUGCUCCUAUAACAUGCUCGUUAUAACAAAGUGCACAAUUCGCACAGCCAAAAAAAAAACCUAAAUUGAGUCAAUAUUACAAAAAUCAUAUUCUGUUUGGUCUGGUGUUUCUAAACAUGCACCACAGACACUGUGGCCAUGUGGUCGGUGAACAAACUCCCCCAAAAAUUUGUAUCUCCACAACGAGUGAAAACUUGUGGUUCAGUAACUCACAUGAAGUAAACAGAGGCACAUUUAUGGGGUGAUGUCACACAAACAUUUUAAAGAAUGCUUUGUAAAGGUCUGAUGAUAUCAGUCACUUUAUUAAAAUAUAGUUAUGGUAAUCAGCAACUGAGGAAUUUACUUACUUCAAUGGAGUUAUGGAUCAUGCAGCAGUUCUCUCUACAGAUAAUUCAUACAAAAUAACCAGAAAAUUGAGUUGUGAGAAAACAACUUUUAUCGCCUAGUCAAGAUAAUUAUUCUUUUCUAAACUUCUGCUGAGGUUUUACACAUUUAUGAUAUUGAUGUGAAAGUAUCUAUCCUUCUACCUUGGUAAAGGAUCAGUUGUGUCUGUUGAAAUGCAUAUUUAUUUAAAAGAGAACUGAAAAUAUAUGUUUUCUAUGAUAUUCGCCUGAGAAAGCUGUUUGUUUUCCACUUUAAUUGCAUCAAUAGCAAUCAUUUCACUUGUAUUCAUGAAUAUAUGAUGCCAGUGUCACUUGCAGUAUGUCGUGUAUGAGGUUUUAUGCCUGUAGGAAUGGAAUAAUGUUAUAAUGACAUUGUGCAAAGCCUCGCAUUUAAUCAGAUUUGGUCAACUUCUAAGAUUAAUUUGAUAUACUUGUACUUAACACACUGAAAUCUGACAGGCUGUGGUACUGUACCAUGCUAAAUCCUAUUAACUGCUAUUAGCAGUACACAACCCUAUAUGUUUUUUUGUUUGUUAAUAUAGUAUUACAAUGAAUGUCUAACUCAGACAGCAACAGUACUGUACUAUUUCUGCCAUUUCAACAUUGACAGUGACUGAAUUCCAAUGUAAUUUGUUUUGUUUAAUGUUGCUUAUUAUAUUGAUAAUGGUCUUGAGUUAGACAUUGUAUUAUUGUAAAUGUAGUCAUACGUGUACAUAUAUUUCAUAUUUUUGCAAUAUAAAACAUUGUGGGAUGACAGCUAUGUGAAGUCAAAAUGUAUUGAUUGGAAACUAUUGGCUGUCCCUGUAGUUAAAUAUCAAAGUAUUACAAGCAAAAUGAAAUUGGUGCUGGUUUCUGCUAUUUUCUGGGGAAAAAAAAGAAGAAAAAAAAAGAAGUAAUACAGUCCAUAUUGUAUUACUCGUGAACAUUGUGUGCAAAAUAACACUAGACCUAAAAACAUAUUGUUUGGUUGACCCCAAAGAGCCAGUGUUCUUAGCCAAUUUAGCAAUUUCAGAAAACAAAUCAGUCUGCAGAUAUAAUGUGAUACACAGAAGCUAAGACAGUCUAAUUGGGAGUUACCAUAUACUUUCCUUAUUAUCAAUGGUAUAAUGGAAUGGAACAUAACUUCAGGUUCCAUCGAAGGACAUUGUUGUUAAUAAAUUGAGUAUAUACUCCAUUUUCACAUUUCAUUUGUUUAAACUCAUGCAUACAGUAUUUGUGUCUGUAAAACUUGCCUUCAUUUGGCUGCAUCAGCCGUAGUGUCUCAGCAUAGAUAUGCCCAUUCCUUGUCCCUUUGAAGAGAACUUCCCUGAUAGAUACUGUACAGUGUAUUGAUGAUUUUCUCCCUUGAAGAAGUGUUAAUUAAAGUGUUAUUGUUCA